UCAGCUGGUGGCUCCCUCCCUCCCCUCAGGACGUGUUUUCUCCCAGUUCGAGGUCAACUCCUCCCCCCUUGACCUCGCCCUUCAGGGCCCCCACCGGCAGCAUGUCCCACCUGGCGCUGUCCCACCUGGAGCCAGCCAACCGCAUCAAACAACUCUGCUCCCAGGGGAAUACGAUCGUGGUUGACGUCAAGAUUCCGCUGCGGAGGUACUUUCGGUCGGGUCAGGAGAUGGUGCGCAUGGCUAACGUUUACGCCGACGAGGGGAGUCUGGAGAACGCCUUCAUCCUCUACAUGAAGUUUAUGACGCUGUUCAUUGAGAAGAUUCGCACUCACCCGGAGUAUGCAACGCACUCAUCAGCGGACAAGACUGCCAGCAACAAACGGGUCAAGGAAAUUCUGCCGGUCGCCGAGAAAUUGAAAAGCCAGCUGAGGGAAAAAUACCAGAGAGAAUAUAACAUCACUCUUCAAGAACAUCUGAAGGCCGAGGAGGAGGACAAACAGCGACAACAACAACAACAACAAGCAGAGGAGCGGAGACGGAGGAAACUGCUCCAGGAUUCACAGCGGAGGAGGGAGGAGGAGGAGGAGGAGGAGGCGGAAGAGAGGCGGAUACAGGAGCUUCAGGAACUGUCCCUCCACUCGAACCGGAGGAGGUACGGGGGGGAGGGGGAGGAGGAGGCCCCUCCACCCCCCUACGAUGCCCUGGGGAGUGUCUCGUACCCCAUAGCUGAGUUGGCGUCCCCCUCGGCACCCCCGCCCCCCCGGUACUCCCCCACCCUACCCUCCGUGUCACCCUACGUCCCCUCGCGUGACCUCAAGCCUGUGUCUCCAGGAGUGCCGCAGGUGGACCGGAGCAGCAAGCCAGUGUCGCUGCUUGGUGCCAGGAGCGGGGGCCUGCGUGAGGUGCGGGUGCCGGCCCAGCUUAUGCCCAAUUUCAUGUCCCUGGCGCAUAGCAACACGGCGCGGAAUGUGGAGACUUGUGGAGUGCUGGCUGGACAUAUGGCCCAAAGCAAGCUCCUCAUAACACACCUCCUGGUCCCUAAGCAGUGCGGGACAGCCGACUCUUGCACCACUCAGCAGGAGGAGGAGCUGUUUGACCACCAAGACAAGCUGGACCUCAUCACUAUUGGCUGGAUACAUACCCACCCCACCCAGACCGCCUUCCUCUCCAGCGUUGACCUCCACACCCAUUGCUCGUACCAGCUGAUGAUGCCCGAGGCCAUUGCUAUCGUGUGUGCCCCUAAGUACCAGGAGACGGGCUUCUUCACCCUCAGCCCCCACCACGGCCUGCCCUUCAUCGCUAACUGUCAGCUGAGCGGCUUUCACCCUCACCCUAAGGAGCCGCCACUCUUCCAGAACGCCGAUCACGUCACGCUGGACAGCAACCUCGCCAUCAAAGUUAUCGAUCUCAGGGACUUGUAACCUCCUCAGCGGGACCUCUCGCCGCGACACCCCAAACAGACUGGAGGCCAACAUCACCCCCCACCCCCCUCCCC